AUGGAUCUUAUUGAUCAAGUAGAAUGGCAGCAAGUUGAGAGUCUCUCAUCAACAGAUUCAAAAUUUAGUGUCAAAGAUUUUGUAUGGUCCCAGGAAGAAUGGCCAAAGAUCGAUCACAGUGAUUUCGAAUCUGGAGAUAACAUACCCAUGAUAAGUCUAAGUAAAGUUAUCAAGGGGAAGAAAGACGACGCUUAUCGACAAACGUGCAAUGACAUGGUUGUUGCUUGUGAAAAAUGGGGAUUUUUUAAGUUAAUUGGUCAUGGUAUUAAGCUUGAGAUUAUACAGAACAUGAAAAAUAUGUGUAGUGAUUUGUUCGAUCUUCCGAUGGAGAAGAAAAUGAAGGGUGGUAGAUUAAAUUGUCUACCAUUAGGUUAUAGUGCUACUAAUCCGGAUUAUGGGAAGAAUUUACCUUGGGCUGAAAUUAUUCAAUUACUUCAAUCACCCCAACAAGUAGUUGGCUUUGCAACAAAGGUCUAUGGUGAUCAAUAUCAUCUCAAAUUCAGUGAUGCGAUGUUGGCUUACAUGGACGAAUUGGACAAGUUGGGUAUGCUCAUUUUUGAGAUGUUAGCUGAUGGAUUGGGACUACCAAGUGAUUUCUUCAGCAGAAAUUUCAAAGAAGAGAAAGAAGCAACAAUGAUAAGAGUGAACAGAUAUCCAAAAUGCCCGCUGCCAGAGAAAUGUUUAGGUUUAGGAAGCCAUUCAGAUCCACACACUCUAACCAUUUUAUUACAAGAUGAUGAAGUUGGAGGACUCCAAGUACUUAGACCUGCUGAUAAUCAAUGGGUUGGCAUUAGACCUAUUCAAAAUUCCUUUGUCAUCAAUAUUGGUGACACUCUUGAGGCAUGGACAAAUGGGAGAUUGAAGAGCGUGGUACAUAGAGCUGUGGUGAACAAGGAGAUGAGUAGAUUAUCAGCAGCUUAUUUUCUUAGCCCAAGUAGUCAAGUUAUGAUUGAGUCUCCACCACAACUCAUACAACCGAUAUCUUCUAAUGCUAAAAUGUACAAGCCUUUCACUUGGGGUGAUUUUAGGAAGGAGUUAUUGUCUCAAAAAAGAGUCUCUGGAAAAACUGCCCUCCACAGAUACCUCAUAUCUCCAUAG